AGGCAGUUCCAACUCAGUUGCUCGUGGGCAGUCGAACGGCAUGGAUGUGUCGCAGCAGCAACAGCAGCAUCAGCAACAGCAGCAGAAGCAGUAGUUCUUGAACUGGCCAACAGUCCGCCAACCAGCAGCAACAGAUCACACUGCCAAAGUCUUCUGUUUUUUUUCCAUUUUUUUUUAUUUUUUUUUCCUGGUUGCUGGAGGGCUUACAAAAAAGAAUUAGAAAUUCAAAGUGUGCUUAAAGUUUGAGUGGAGCUGCAAUAAUUGCAUAGUACCGAACUUGUUAGUGGUAUAAAAAAUUUAAAAAAAAAAUAUAAGGAUUUUUUCUAAAAAAGAGUGUCGAACAGUGCGUGAGUUUCAGUUUCAUUGCCGACGAGAACGAGGGGAUUAAAAGGCGAAGAAACUUUUUGGCGCACAAGAGUAGGCAACAGAAGCGCCAACUUUCCUUGCUGGAUCCUCCACUCCCCGUGCACCACCACCAUCAAAGUCACCCACCGAGCAACACUGCCAAUUAAAGUUGCCACAGCAGCUGCCACACACACACAGCCACUGCCAAAAACGAAAAAAAAUACCAACUAAGAAGGAGACUAAAGUAGCUAAGGAGGACGGAAGAAGGAGAGACUUUGGCCAGCAGCUGAGUUAUAUUCACUAGUAGCGAAUAAGUUUCCAAAGAGCCACUGCCACAGUAACAACUAUAGACCAGCUUCAGCUACAGCAACACUACCAGCAACAACGACAACAACGACAACAACAACAACGACGGCGACAACAAAAACAGAGCUAGAGAAACAGCAACAACAACGUGUUGCUGCCACAAAACGCAGCAGCCGCAACGAGAGCGUCAUCUCUGCCCUUCGCACGCCUCUGCGGAUUCUGCAAGAUGCAGCAGUAUGCUAGGAUUGCCAGGAUCGCAACCAACUCUGCCCGGGCUUGUCACCGGCAAAGAUUCUACGAACCCAAUGCCGAAGUACGCUGGCAGCACUCCGAGCACUAAACAGGCUGAGCGGAGCCACUAGCACUCCCGAUCCGAUCAGGCGGGCGCUUUACUUACACAAAUUAAACUCGAUUCGCAGCGGCGGCAACAGCGGACGAACUAUGAUAACGAGGCUCUACAACACCGAAGAGGAUCCCGCCUACUGCUCGUUCAUCUGGGGCUCGAAUCUCACCAGCAGCGUCGACGUCCUGGCUGCCAAUGCCACGUCCGUCUUCGGCAGCGACCUGAGGGACGACUUCUAUCGGGAUGUGGAGGAUCCGCGGACGGAAUCGCUGAGGGAAUACUGCUAUGGCCUGGUGCUGCCCAUCAUCUGCGCCAUGGGCAUCAUAGGCAACGUGCUCAACCUGGUUGUGCUCACCAGGCGCAACAUGCGUGGCACCGCCUACAUUUACAUGAGGGCUUACUCCACCGCCGCCCUGCUGGCCAUCGUGUUCGCCAUUCCCUUCGGCAUCCGCAUGCUGGUCCACAAGGAUCGAGGACAGUGGGAGGAGUUCGGCCCAGCCUUCUACACCGCCCACCUGGAGCUUUAUCUGGGCAACGGCUGUUUGGGUGUUGGCGUAAUGAUGUUACUAGUGCUGACCAUUGAACGUUACGUGUCCGUAUGCCAUCCAGGAUUUGCUCGACCCGUGAUGGGACCACCUGGCGUUGUGGUAUUCCUCACCUGCUUGGCCACGGUAAUCGUCUAUCUACCGAGCAUCUUUCGUGGCGAACUGAUCAAAUGCAUCCUCGGAUCGAGUGACGUAUAUGUGUAUUUGCGACGCGAUAACACGAUCUACCAGCAGACCAUCUUCUACCGCGUCUACAAGAUCAUGCUGGAGGUGAUCUUCAAGCUGGUGCCCACGCUGGUUAUCGGUGGCCUCAACAUGCGCAUCAUGAUGGUCUACAGGCGGACCUGCGAGCGCCGCCGCAAGAUGGUGCUCAGUCGUCCGCAUGCCCAGGGACAUGGUCACGGACAUGGGCACGGACAUGGUCAUGGACAUGGACAUGCACAUGGACACGGCUAUUUGAAGGACGACGAUCCGCGAAAGUUCGCCGAGGAGCGGCGCUUGUUCCUGCUGCUCGGCAGCACAUCGAUUUUGUUCCUGGUCUGCGUCUCGCCGAUGGCCAUUCUCCACAUGACGAUCGCCUCGGAGGUCUAUCCGAGCUUCCCCUUCCAGGUGUUCCGUGCCAGCGCCAAUCUGCUGGAGCUGAUCAACUACUCGCUGACCUUCUACAUCUACUGCCUGUUCAGCGAGGAUUUCCGCAACACCCUGGUGAGGACCAUCAAGUGGCCCUGGUUGAAGGGCAAGUUCUGCCACCAGGCCGAGCACGAGGUGAGUGCCAGUCCACCGGCCACAGCCGGGACCGUAGCGGUAGCCGGAACCGGAACUGGCCACGUUUCUAAUUUUCAUCCGGCAAUACCGGCGCUGACUCUCACACCCGCAGAACCCGACGAACGGCCAAGGUGUGCCAAUGGCGUGCUUCACUAAGGUGGAAAGGGGCCAUCAAAAGCACCACAUAACUACCACCUCGGGCCUGGGACGAUCGAGUAGCAUUUAGCCAACGCCACCACCCAACAACAACACCAUCACAACCCAUCCGCUACUCGAGAUCCGAACACCGAGAACCCUCCCAGCCCAGAGUAACCCCAAUACCAUCCAACUCCAAAACCGUCACCACCACUUCCACUAACCCCCCAGGUCGUCGAGGUUGAAUGGUGUCCUUUCUCUCGCUUGAGAUCCUGCGGCAUUCAAACGUGUUCAAGUAUCGACAAGCGAAAAGCGAUAUACGAUAAACAACUAACGAUUAACGAUAAUUGAUAUUCAGCGCCACGCAUUGCGUAUAUAAGUGUCUGUGUGUGUUCCUUAAACAUAUAUAUUUAAAUAUAUGGAUAAACAUUUUUUUUUGUAGCACUAGAAUUAGGUACUUAAAAACCAAACUUAAUCAAAAACGCAUCCGUAAUCGGUGAAACAAUUGAUAUCGAUAGGUAAAACCAGUUCGACUUUCGAUCAACAUUUGCGCCGAAUGAUUUCACCACAUAUAGCUUGCGGAAUGUGUAUGUCGCAGGAUCAAAAUCCUCAAGCCACACGUAUAGAUGCAGAUAUGAUAGUUUCGUCAAUGGAUAGAUUGCUUGCCAUACUGAUAACAAAAGAGCUCGUUUACUCUAGCAUUAGAUGCAGACAAAAAACAGGAACAGUGACAGGACAACAACAGACAGACAUAUAGACAGACAGGUGAGAUGGAACAAUAGCGAGAGAGAGAGAAAGAGAGAGAAAGAGUUUUAAGAUGAUAAUAUGCAGACAUACAAUACUUAUAUAUACACUUGCAUAUGCCUAUAUGUGAAUGAUAUUUAUGUAAACGACGUAUUUAUGUAUACACGCGUAACUUUAAGCGAAUAUAUUUAUAUAUGCAUAUAUGUAUCUAUUGAUUAUAGCAUUUAAGUGCGCGCAAGAGGAAACCAGAUUCCAACCCCGGCCCCAGAUAUAGAUCCAGAUCCAAAUUGAGAUCGAAGAUGGAUAUCUGGCAACGUGCUGAGCCCUUUCGUCUGACGAAACUGUAUUGAAUUGUUGCGUGAAUUGAGAUUGAAUUGUUAAUUGUUAAGUUAAUUAAUUGUAGUCGCACUACGAAUAGUUAUAUUUUUAAUUCUAGUUAUAAUUCGAAGACUAAGUUAUCUAGUUACAUAGUACAAUUCCCCCGCCCUUGGUUGUCAGUCUGAGAGGGGAGGUCUUGAUACCUGACCCCUGACCCCUGGCCGAAUGAACCCUUGCAGCACGCGUAGCUAACUUAACUAAAUGUGUGUACCUAGUAUUAAAACAAAGCAAAGCAACCGAAACUGUUCAGUGAUGUCUAUUUACCCAGCGCCCAAGGCUAAGCUAUGGAAUGCAUUACAGUAAUCUCACAAAUAUCGAAAUGUAUAUCUAUCUAACGAUGGAGCAGGAUUAGUUAUGUCCUCAAGUACUGAUGAGUAGCGGCGAUGGAGUGGGUCGGACCUUUCAAAAUUCCAAAGGAGUUUCGAGAUUACUCAUCCAAUUUGGCAGCGACUUCAGUGCAUAAAUCCGGAAAUAAAUUCUGAACAACGGCAGUCGAGAACUCCUUUGAAUUUCAAGUAACAUGUGUAUUGAAUUCCCCCGAGGUAUUUGACAAAUAUUCCGAAAAAUGAUGAAGUUAUUUGCAAAAGAUGUUUCCAAAAUUGUUGAAAUGAAAAUCAUGUAACGAAAAUACUUUGGACAAAAAUCGAAAGUUAAUAACUUCAAGUUCCUUAUAUACUAGUUUAAAAUGUGAGUAAGCCAAUAUUUUCCGAUCUACAUCCUAGUCGCUACAAAAGCAAACAAUAUACAUACUUGCUAGGAUAUUGACGAAUAUCCCUGCAUGAGGCAGCUACUCAAAGGUGAAUCAUCACAGUGAAUGAACGUAGAUCCUUUUGUUUUCGUUUUCCAGAGCUCAGCUCAAAGCCAGGAGAGAAAUUAAUGUUUAGGAAAUUAGAUGAUCGAAUUGAGAAAAAAAGAAGAAAAUGAUAUAUAAAAUAUGAAAUGUGAAACGUCAGGCAACUUGAGGCAUUUAGGACACCAAAAACCCGGAAAUCAGAACAGGCAUCACGAAGGCAAACUAAGAAUAUCCAUAAAUAGAGUCAGAACAGCGUGAACGAAGGCAGAUGGAGUUUAACGAAUAAACCAUUCAAUGCAAUGCAUAACUUACCAUAAACAGCAUUCAAAUACCCGAUACGGAUAAACAAUUUUAAUUGGUGUCAAAGUUCAUUGAAUAAAAAUCUUUAGAAACGCA